CCAGAGCCAGGGGCGCCUCUCCCAGGCGGUUCCCUAAAAGCCCGCGGGCGCCAGCAGCGGGCAAAGCGCCCAGAGACAGCGAGGGAAGCGCAGUGGCCACAGCACCUGCCAAUCUCCCUGCGGCGGUCGCGGACGCGACACGGACAGACUCUCCCUUUCUGGGGUGAAUCGAGUUCCUGUUAAUCCAUUUUGGCCAGAAAUCUAAGUCAUUUCAGGUGAAGGAGAAUAAAUUCGAUCCUUGUUUCUCCAUCUUGCCCACUAGUAGAAGUUAGUGAUAUUCCCUUUCAACUCAUCAUGAAUUUCAUGCAUCUUAAAGAGAAGGAGACAUUCGGAGCUACAGAAAAGGACCAGGGUGCCAGACCUGAAGUUUUAAAGGAUACCGCCCUGCAGCAGACAUGUGCUGACACACCUGUUGAUCACUGUUUAUCUGACGUAAGAGAGCGUAGCAGCACCUCUAAGCUGAAAAGUAAAGUCAACAAGCAUGAAGCAGCCCUUAAAAUUCAGAAUCAAAAUUCGAACACCAAUAAAGAAUGUUGCUUCACCUUUACUUUAAAUGAAACCUCCAGAAAAUCGGGCCGUAGCGAGUUUACAGCAUAUGGUGACCCCAAUGAGAACAUCUUCUCAGCUCUGAGGGCUAACGACCAUUUCAGUGAAAGGAUGGAGGAUCAUUUAAAUGAGGAUAUUAUUGUUUAUGGAGAAAAAAAAAUAAAGGGAUUUAUAAAUUUAGGAAUGCCUCUCAAGUGCCUGCUUGGAAAAUCUCAUUUUAAUAUAAGCUUCGGUCGAAGAAAGAGUCACCAGAAAGAAGAGGGUCAGGUACUGCGUCGAUGUGAAAAUCCAAACAUCGAAUGCAUUCUUUUUCAUGUCGUUGCUGUUGGCAAGACGAUAAAGAAGCUUGUUAAGAUCACGAAACUUCAUGAAAAAGGAAGUACACUUUGUGUCUAUGCCUUGAAGGGUGAGACUGUCGCAGAGGCUUUACGCAAGGAUGGCCGCUUUCGGUCUGACUUAGACGAAUUGACAUGGAACCUAAUAGAAGGUCACAAUAAAAUUUAUGGAAAAGGAUCCAUGGUGGAUGAAGUAUCUGGAAAAAUCUUAGAAAUGGACAUUCCUAGAAAAACAAGUGGCAAGAAAGGCACAAAAAGUAAGCGGGAUGAAAAUCCCAGUGAUGAAAUCAAUCCCUGUGGGCUGACACAGUCUAAGAAAAGGGCCCGUGAACCAGAGAUGGAAGGAGACACUGAAGAUGUGGGACACAGCAGAGAAAAAACUCAUCCACCUCAAAGUCUAGGGCAUGAUAUUGAAGGUAAAAUUCGCCGGACAAUUUCCACUGUUAGACUUCAUUACGACACAAGUUAUGGCAGAAACCGGGUAGUUAGGCAAGGCACCCGUCUGGGUCAAAAAUAUGCUAACCGCCGGGGCAUCCAAAAGGGGUAUCCAAAAGCAACUCACCUUUUAAAGAAUCUACAAAUACUAAAUGAACACAUAAUGCAUCAAUAUCCAAAUUUUAAAGAAGAAACAAGUUUGAUGAGAAGGUAUUUCAAGGAAGAACGGAAGAGAACAAAUCUGCCAAAGUCUCGGCAAUUCAACAUAUAUAAAAAGUACUUUGCAAAAGUGAAUAUGGAUUCUAUUCCAGUUGCAACCUCUGAAAAACUUAAUUAUCAUAGUAAGUCAGUUGGGUUCAUGAAAUGGGACAAUAAUGGAAAUGCAGGCAAUGCUACUUCCUUUGUCUUCAAUCACGGUUAUAUUUUCACCUGUCGACAUGUUUUAAAGCUGAUAGUGGGUGAAGGCACAGAUCCGUGUUCAUGGCCAGAUACAAUUAGUAAAUGUGUAAAGGUAACAUUCACUUACAAAGAAUUCUGUCCUAAUAGUGAUGACUGGUUUUCCAUGGAGCCAUGGUUUGAAGUGUCUGAUGGAACUCUAGAUUAUGCCAUUUUUAAACUAAAGGAAAAUGGGAAUGCAUUUCCUCUAGGCCUGUUUGCACAAAUUUCCCAUCAACCAUCUAUUGGUGUGGUUUAUAUAAUUGGCCAUCCAGAGGGGCGGGUGAAGCAAACGGAUCGCUGUGCUGUGCUUUCUCUAAAUGAACGGUUAGAAAGGUAUCGAGACCAUUGUUAUGGUGCGAUGGUAGAACCCCUUGCUGCCACUGGUAAUGUUUGCCCUAUGUUUACCAAAAGAAGUUUCCUAUACCAGGCCUGGGACAGCAACACAAUUAGUUAUCAUACUUGUUUCUUUGAGGGGUCCUCUGGCUCCCCAGUGUUUAACGCAUCUGGCAAAUUGGUUGCUAUGCAUGCCUUUGGGCAUUCUUAUGGAUGUGGACAGAAUACCAGGACCAUUAUAGAGUUUGGCUACUCUAUGGAUUCAAUUCUUCUCAAUAUUAAAGAGAAAAAUGAGACUUUAUACAAAUUAUUAAAUGAAGAGAAAAAUAACAAACUAGAUUCACCACUUCAAGAUCAUCAGAUUGAACCUUUAGAAUACUAG